CUACGGCUGCUCGUUCUCUUCUCCCCAUAAACAAAUUCAACCUCGACCAAAAACAAAGGCCAUCUGUAGCUGAAUUUUCCUCUCCUUUCAAUAAUCGCUUGAGCUACAAUCCCUCCCCGACGCCCUUUCAACGGUUGUGCAUCUUCGCAGUGACAAAAUUACCCCACCAUGGGAGAAUCCAGACAGGAAUUGCUGGCAUGGGUUAACACCCUACUGCAGCUGAAUCUAACCAAGAUCGAACAGUGCGGAACCGGGGCCGCUCUGUGUCAGAUUUUCGAUUCGAUAUUUAUGGAUGUUCCCAUGUCGCGUGUGAAGUUCAAUGUCAACACCGAGUACGCCUAUCUCCAGAAUUUCAAGAUCCUUCAGAAUACAUUCACUCGCCACCAGAUUGAGAAGCCGAUCCCGGUCCAGCAGCUCUCAAAAUGCCGCAUGCAGGAUAACCUCGAAUUUCUCCAGUGGACCAAGAGAUACUGGGACCAGCACUACCCCGGGGGCGACUACGAUGCCGUCGGCCGCCGGAAGGGUUCUGGCGCUCCAGCCCCUUCUGCCACUGGUACUCGCUCUGGCGCAUCGUCCUCGGCGGGAGCUACCCGGAGAGGAGCUACCCCUACAACCGGCGCUGUUCGCCCUCGGGUUUCUGCAGCCGCCGGAGGAGCUAGCACUGCUGCUCUGCAGCAGGAGAUUGCGACUCAGAAGGAGGCUAUUGCUGGCCUGGAGAAGGAGCGCGACUUCUACUUUGCCAAGCUCCGGGAUAUCGAGCUGCUGCUGCAGAAUGCCAUCGAGGCUGACCCGGAACUGGAGAAGGAAGAAGACACUCUGGUGAAGCAUAUCCAGGGCAUCCUGUACUCGACGGAGGAAGGGUUUGAGAUCCCAGCGGAAGCGGAGGUCGUCGAUGAGCUGGAGACAUUCUAGGUUCAUGGCAAUAGACGUCUUUUCGUUAAUAAUACCCCUUUAUCACUAGCGUUGAAACCGUGAUCCUUUACAUCCCCACCGACUUGAAUCAGUCCCUUUUCCCUCCGUCUUUGGUUUGGAUUAGUGGCAUAUGGAGUGCGAGCAGCGCCUCAUCCGUGCUUGGGCGUGUGGUGAGCCAGACAAAUACGAAUUGCAAAGCAUAGAGUGAAA